AUGUUACGUCUUCGACCUACAAUUAACUUAUUUCGCAAAAUUCAAUGCGUAGUAAACUUGAGUGAUACUAAACAAGUAGAUACGACAUAUAUGGAAAUUCCUGUUUAUGAUAUUGAUAAACCGCAAUCACUUGAAGUCCGAAAGGCGAGACUACACUAUCAGUCACGCAAAAGGGGAAUGCUGGAAAAUGAUCUUUUAUUGAGCACUUUUGCAAAAAAGUAUUUGGAUGGAUUUACUGAACAGCAAACAAUGAUGUAUGACCGUCUUAUUAACUCUCCAAGCAAUGACUGGGAUAUAUUUUACUGGAUAGUACAGAAGCAACCAACCCCUAAGGAGUUUGAUAAUGAAAUUAUGGAUUUACUUAAAAAGCAUGCAAAAAAUGAUGAAAGAGUGUUAUUAGUGAAAUGGAUUUUCGAGAACCAGCACAAGUUGCAGACAGUACGAUGGUGUAGUUCCUCACUACGAUACAAGGAAUUGGAGGAAGCAACUACGCAGAGCCACCUCGAGCACGUGGCACCCCCCGCGGCUACAGCGCCCGACGUCAAGCCACGCCCACACAUUACGCCAGAAAUUUCGUUCAAGUACGACGAUUUACAAGUUUCACUGGCCGCGCCUUACCAGCUGCAAAGGAAGCCUGAUGCGUCCGACCUCGGUUUCGGGAAAUACUUCACAGAUCAUAUGCUGAAAAUACAAUAUCAAAAGGAGUUGGGCGGUUGGCAAAAGCCAGAAAUUACGCCUUUUGAACCGCUUACCAUCCACCCCGCGGCGAAAGCUCUCCACUAUGCAAUACAACUCUUUGAAGGUUUGAAAGCGUACAGAGGAGUCGAUGACAGAAUACGGUUGUUUCGACCAGAUCUAAAUAUGAAUAGAAUGAAUUUGGCCGCGCAGAGAUCGGGCCUGCCAAUGUUUGACGGUGAUGAAUUAAUAAAAUGUUUGAAAAGGUUAAUACAAAUAGACCAGGAAUGGGUACCCCAUUCGGAGACUUCCACUCUGUACAUAAGGCCAACUUUAAUCGGAACAGAGGCAACAUUCGGCAUAAUGGCGCCGGAAUCAGCGUUGCUGUUCGCAAUCCUGAGCCCCGUUAGCGCUUACUACAAGGCGAGCGGCGACGGCGCGGUUUCGAUAUACGCGGACCCCAACGUGGUUCGCGCUUUCCCUGGCGGCGUGGGCAAUCGGAAAGUCGGCUCCAACUACGGCCCAACGAUCGACGCGACCGCCCGAGCAGUGAGUAUGGGCCACCACCAAGUAUUAUGGUUAUUCGGGCCAAAUCACGAGCUCACAGAAGUUGGCGCGAUGAAUAUUUUUAUGGUGUACAUAAACGAACAUGGAGACAAACAACUGAGUACGCCGCCAUUAAACGGGCUAAUAUUGCCCGGUGUAACUCGGCAAUCUAUUAUCGAACUAGCCAGUCAAUGGGAAGAUCUAACCGUGAAGGAGGAGGUGAUCACCAUGGACCGAGUAAUAGAGCUGAACAAAUCAGGACGGCUGCUCGAGAUGUUUGGCUCGGGAACCGCGGUGAUCAUCAGCCCCAUAAGCAGAGUCAGCUUCGUCGACAAGGACAUACACAUUCCGACGAUGAAGCAGCCCCAGCCAGUGUUCCAAAGGAUCAAGGACACGCUCUUGGCGAUCCAGUACGGCCACAUAGAGCACCCGUAUGCAGUCGUCAUCUCA